AUGGACCAUGUUCUGGAACCAAGACCCGUGGUUGGGGAUGAUGCUACCCUAGCAGAGAUUAAAAUUGCGAAAAAAUGGGCUAAAGAUGACAAAAGAGCCCGAAGCAUGAUCCUCUUGAAGAUGGAAGACCAUCUGAUGAAGGUGUUUAAUAAACACACAACUACCAAAUCUGUAAUGGAAGCUGUGAGGGCCAAGUAUGAUGUGAAAACUGAAACCCACACUCAGCUACUGACUCACAAAUAUAAUAGUUGUAGAAUGACUGAGGGUGAGGAUGUUAUGGAUCAUGUCAACAAAAUGCUGAUUUUGGCUCAAGACUUGGCUGAUGCUGGAUCAGAAGUGUCAAAUAACUACCAAGUAUCCACUAUCAUUAACAGUUUACCCCCUUCUUGGAUAAUGGCACAAACCGCACUGAGAUUCCUGGGGGACAAUCUCACUAUUGAUAAACUUCCCCAACAACUACAAUACUAUCAGCAAUGCAUGAUGACAAAGUCCAUGGGUGAAUUACAUAUAACCCAGUCCAACCCAACUUCGCCAGAGAUUGACCAAGUGGAAACAUUGGCACAUCAGCACCGAUUUAGUCCCAAUGCCAACCAGCUAUGCCCCAACAAUAACUAUAAUAAGUUCAAAGGGAAAGGAAAAAUGAAGUCUAGGAAUUUUCAAAAGUAUGAGGGGUGGUGGAUCGACUCAGGUGCGACACGUCAUAUUGCAAGGACCACAAGAGGACAACAAGAGAUGAAGACUCUUACACCUGGUGACCAUAAGAUCUUCAUGGACAACAACUCGUAUAGUGAAGUUCGAGGUAUUGCAGACUAUGUGCUUGACCUCGGGAAGGCUAAUUUUUGUCUGAAGGAUGUAAUUUAUGCCCCCGACAUGCGUCAAAAUUUGAUUUCUGUACCAGCUCUUGUUAAGAAGGGCCUUGAAAUGCGUUUCACUAGCUCUGAGGUCACCAUUGGAAAUCAUGGUCGAUCUUUUGCUUCAGGACGAUUUGUCCCUGAGCAAGACUUGUUCUUACUUUCUACUGUUGAAAAUGUAACCUCUAAUAUUAUUAAUGAAAAUGCAUCUGGAUCAUUAGUUUAUAUUGAUUGUGCAAAAUCUUGUUGA